AUGGGGGAGAGGAUCAGAAGAGUAACAGUGAGGAAAAACUUUAAUAAUUACUCUUUCUCUCUUCAGGAAAUACACAUAAAAGAAUGCAUAGAAAAAGAAGUAAAUCCUCACUUAUUACCAGGUGAACUGUUGCUUUGUGAGGCAAGCACAGUGUACAAGUAUAUACAAGAAGAUGGGUCAAAUCGUGGCACCUACGGGAAACUUGUAUGCACAAACUUCAAGAUUGCUUUCCUUGAUGAUGAUUCUGCUUCGGACGAUAACGAGCCACAACUUAAGAAUAAGAUUGUAGGAGAAAACGACAUAACCCUGCAAUGUGUAGAUCAAAUCUAUGGAGUUUAUGAUGAGAAAAAGAAACUUCUAACUGGACAAUUGAGAAAAUACCCAGAGAAGCUAAUUAUCUACUGUAAAGAUCUUAGAGUAUUUCAUUUCUGCCUGAGAUACACAAAAGAAGAAGAAGUGAAAAGAAUCGUCAGUGGCAUAGUUCAUCAUAGCCAGACUCCUAAGCUGCUUAAACGCUUGUUUCUGUUCUCUUACGCAUCAGCAGCCCCAAACUAUACAGAUGGAAGAAACCAGACUGUGAUGUUUGAUACUCUUGAGGACUGGCGUGAUGAGUUGGAGCGGACCAAAGGGAAUGUGAAAUACAAAGCAGUGACUAUCAAUGAAGGCUACAGAGUUUCUGAAAAGCUGCCUUUGUAUUUUGUUGUUCCCAUAUGCGUUUCUGAAGAGAGUAUCUUGAAGUAUGAAGGCAGAGGCAUUCCUAUUUGGUGUUGGUCUUGCCAUAAUGGUGCUGCUCUUCUCAAAAUGUCUGCAUUUCCCAAAGAACAGGAUGACAGCACUUCACAAACGCAAAAAGCCUUCUUGGAUGGAAUCUAUAAGACAAUUUGCAAAGCUCCCUAUGAACUGCUGAAGACGGAUGACUUGUCAAGCAGCCUUCCAUCUCUGCAGGAUAUCCAGACUGCAUACACAAGAUUUAAACAGCUGUUUUUGAUAGAUAACAGUACAGACUUCUGGGCAACUGAUGUGAAAUGGUUUUCAUUACUGGAGAGCACAAACUGGCUGGAGAUAAUCAGGCGAGUCUUGAAGAAAGCAAUAGAAGUUGCUGAGUGUCUGGAAAGACAGCAUACAAACGUUCUCCUUAUAGAAGAGAGCGCGACUGAUCUGUGCUGUGUAAUCUCUACUUUGGUGCAAGUGAUGAUGGAUUCAUACAGCAGAACAAAGUCAGGGUUUCAGAGCCUUAUUCAGAAGGAGUGGGUAGUUGGAGGACAUGGCUUUUUGGAUCGUUGUAACCACUUACAUAAAAGCGACAAAGAAGAGGCUCCUGUUUUUCUGCUCCUACUAAAUUGUGUUUGGCAGUUGGUACAGCAGUAUCCUCCAGCAUUUGAGUUCACAGAAACUUACUUAACUGUCUUGUCAGACAGCCUCUAUGUGCCUAUUUUUAGCACUUUCUUCUUCAACUCACAACAUCAAAAAGACACUAACACGAGCGGUGAAAGCCUCAAGACACAAAGCGGUCCUUUCAGAUUUCUUACUGUGUGGGACUGGUCUGUGCAGUUUGACCCCAAGGCCCAGGCUUUCCUGAACAACCCUCUUUAUGCAGAGAAGCCAAAACCAGAUAAAAGCCAACGGAAAACUACACGAUUCAAACAUCAACGGCAACUUUCUUUGCCACUGACACCAACAAAAUCUUCCUCGAAGAGAGGAUUUUUUCGGGAGGAAACCGAUCAUUUCAUUAAAAACAUUUUGGGUAAAAGAAUUGGCAAGCUGAUAAAUUCUUCAGAUGAACCUCCCAAUAGCUUCAGGGAAUUUUAUGACAGCUGGCAUAGUAAGCCUGUUGACUAUCACGGUCUCCUGUUACCUCGCAUCGAUGGCCCAGAAAUCAAAGUCUGGGCACAACGGUAUUUACGAUGGAUUCCUGAAGCCCAGCUUCACGGUGGUGGUACAAUAGCCACGGCUGCCAAGAUUUUGGACUUGAUGGAGGAAGUGCAAAGCUUGCAGGUGAAAAUGGACGAAGAGCAUAGUCAAGCAAUUUCUGGAGACGUACAUCCUGUUCCGCUGCUGAGAAAUUCUGCCCGUUUGUCGUCCUUGUUCCCGUUUGCUUUACUUCAGAGACAGUCUGUCAAACCAGCUUUGCCCACUAGCACCUGGAAAGACUUGGAAGAUGAAGAUGACUUGGUCAAGAGGGAUGAUGAAUUUGUUGAUCUAACUGGUGAUAUGCCGUAAAGUGUAUGUAACUUAAAGUAUGAAUUGUUAUGUGGCUAAGCUCUGAGUUUUAAAUGUUGUACUGUAUCCUCAUAUAAGGAACUCCCUCAAGUAUCUGCAGGCUGUUUAAUGAGUUUGUGGGGUUAAAAAAAAGACCUUGGUUGCAAAGAAUUAGUUGCCAUGAUUAGCUGAGCAUAUUUUGAGCUUCCAUUUCACUCUUAAUAGUAUUUAUUGCAGAAACAUAUUUUUGGCAUAGGUGUGAUAAAAAUUGAAGUCUGGGCUAGGGAGGCCAUAUGGCUACUUUGUUUAAAAAACAAACAACAAAAAAACAGUUUUUUCUCAUGUUAGGUGGAAUACUAAAUACAUACAGCAACAAUCACUAUCUUAACAUAAACCGCUUCCCUUUUUGCUAAGAGUAUGGGGAUUGGAAGUGCUGUGACUAGGAACUUAAUACAUCUGCAUUUCCCCCUCAUGUAAAACAAAGAGGGAAAGGUGCAGCCAAAUAACUUUUUUUUAUAGCUGGGGAAUAAACUUGUGGUCACCAAGGGUCUUCUGUCUGUCAGCCUCCUCUUUGCUGACAGUGUUGGUCUCUGGCUGCUGGCCCUUCGUGGUGUGCCGCAUUGCGAUGCACGCACAGGCUCGGAGCAGCCACGAGGCUACUUGGCUUAAGGUUCAGAUGCAAGAGCUUAGUGACACAUUUCAGGUCUUACUGUGUGGCCGUUGUCCUAUGUGCCCUUGCUGCCUGGGAAUAUUAAGUCCCAAAUAUUUGCCAUUAAUGGUAAAUGACCUGACUGAGAUUCUAGUUUGCCACGAGUACCUUUUCUCCUUUUGACCGAGCGAGGCUUUUCGUUUUGACUUUCCCCACUUUUUGCCAGUUGCCUUUGAGGCUUUCUGUAGCUUGCACUGAGACCCUCCACGUAGCAGGGAAGACUCUCUUUCUGUAGUCCUUUUGCAGUCUGUUGCCACUUGCCAUGAGUUGGUGGCACGGCUUAUGAAUGUGGCGUUCAUACCGUAUGAACACUUGCAUCCUGUUGCUGGAUGUUACAACAGUACCUCAGUGAAAAAAGCCAUAAAGAAAUGCCUGUUGACUUUGAUCUACUGUGUGGAUGUUUAUAUAUAAAGUAUUUUUACUGCAAAUAAUCAUCCUUUGUAAAGCUGAAUAUUAUUUAACUGUCAAAUCUAUUUUGAACUGUUAAAUUCUAGAAUACCCCAAGAAUGGAUGCAAGUCAUAAACAUCCACCCUCUCAGUGUAACUGAUUUUAAUAUUUUCUCUGUUCUCUUACCAUUUUAGAAAUCCAUGCUGGAAAACUUUGCUGGUGGAGAAAAUGUUGCUUAAAUUAGAUCAGCUCAGUGUAAGCGGGGAUAUUAAACUAGGUUACUGAUUAAUCACUUCACACUGAGUUGUAUUAAUAUGUAUAGCAAAAACUUAUCAGCAGAACUCUAAAAAUAAAUCUUAGUAUGUUAAAAUAAAUGUAUUAAUGGGGAUAAGGGGAGAGCUUAAUGCAAUUAUGCCAAGCUGAAGCUUCCCAACUCUUGAUUGCCUUAAGUCUUAGUGCGAGGACAAUACUUGAGUUUGUAGCAUUUUAUUUAAAUAUACACUAGUACUUAUGCUUUCUUCUGUGAUACAUGUGAUCUUAACAGCUAGCACGUGCUAGAAUGGGCUGUCCAGCACCUGUCCUUCACACUUAAUUAUUGUAGUUCAAGUGACUCAUGUAUGCAAUAAUACUUUGCAUGUUGGAUGAGCAAUGCAUUUUUAUGGUGAAGAAACACCGAUCAUUCUAAGAUCGUUUGGGUUCAAGGGCUGUUUUUUAUAAAUGCUACCAUUAGGAAGAAAUACUACAAAAUGGAUUGUUUCUAUACUUUCAAUCAAACUGUUGUAAUGUUUCACUCAUGAAAAUUAUGUAUUUAUAUUAAAGAACAGAUGUUGGACAUUUAUUUGUACAUAAGUUACCAGAAGUUUAUAUAAAAGAGAAACAUAUAUGUGGAAUUGAACUUGGAAACACUUCUAAUGUAGAGGAAAUACCAUUGUUAUUGGUUUUCUGCACUGUGGGGUUGGAAAUGUACUCAAUAUUUUUAUUCCAGGCUUCUGUUUAUACCUCCAAGUUUUUACACUGAAUGCAAGCUAGAAGCUUUACAGUUUUUUUUUUUAAUACUGUCAUUUCUCUCUAGCAGGCUGUUUGGAGAGUAUCAAUAAAAUAUACUUUGAUGUAAUUGUUCUGAAA